UGUGCGCAGUUGCUAAUAUAAUAUGAAAAAGGUAUAAUGUUUGACAAGGUGAGGGGGGUGUGCGCAGUUGCAAAUAUAAUAUGAGAAAAGUAUAAAGUGCAAAGACAAAUCGCUAGGUUCAUAAAUGAAUGCUUCGCCCUCCGCCAAACUUGAAAUCCCGUGCAAUUAUUAUUUUUUUAUUUUUUAUUUUUAAUAUUAUUUGGACAUCAAUCAAUAUACAAGGACAUUGUAUAUGAUCCAAAUAAAAAUGUCUGUCUGUCUGUUUGACAAGGUGAGGGGGGUGUGCGCAGUUGCUAAUAUAAUAUGAAAAAAGUAAGUAUAAUGUUUGACAAGGUGAGGGUUUUUUUUUUCUCAUGCUCCCUCUGCACACAUCUCUAGUUAUGUGCCUGGUUAUUACUUUUCUUUAUUCAGAACAGCAGACAGGCCCAUACCCAGGGGGGGGGUUGGCACCUCCCUACAAUAGAGACCUUUAGAUCCGAGAACCAGGUCCACGACCAAGACGAGUUUUAGCUCGCGCGUUGUGUGCGCAUGCGCAGAUGGCCUGUCACGGUCACGCUACUGUCAAAACUGGUCGCCCUCGAGUGGGCGACGACAAUUUACACAGCAAAGUGGUACUCACGGGACCAGUUUGUUCAAGUACAAAAUGUCUGAGGAUAAAAAAGUGGCGGAAAAAAGAGAGCUCUUUAUAUGGAAAUUUGACAGCGAUGUCUCACUUCUGAAAGAGGUUAUUGUGGAGGAGCCUCACAAGCAUCCUUACGCAUCAAAAGAGAGAGGACAGAAGUGGGACAAAAUCGCCCUCAAUUUAAAAGAAAACCAUGGGUUUAAGGUCACUCAAAGGUCGGUGAGAAAGAGGUUUAAUAGUCUGCAUGAAGACUUUUUAAAAAAAGAGAAGAAGGAGAAGAGAGACAGUGGGGUAGAGGUGAUGUACGAUGAAAAGCACCAGAUGCUUACAGACUACAACGAGCUUAUAGAGGACUGGGAAAGGGAAAGGAAAGAGAGGGUGGAUGACGAGAAGGUUAUGGCAGAAGAUAUGAGGAAGAAGGCAACAGAGAGAUUAAGUGCAACCAAGAAGAGAAAAGAGAGUGGCGAAGACAAGGGCGAAGAAGACCAGCCAAAGAGAAAGACACAGCGAAGUUUGGUACAAUUAAUGGAGCAGAGCAUAGCAGUACGUAGUCAGGAGAGGGCAAGAGAGCUGGAGAUCAGAGAAAAUGAAUUAAAACAACAGCAGCAAUUCCAUGGCUACCUGCUCCAGCAGCAACAACAGGCACAGCAGAUGCAUGUGCAACAGCAACAGCAACAACAAGCCAUGAAUAUGGCCAUGAUGAAUGUCCUAACAGAGAUGCUGAAUGCUGUUAAAAAUGCUAGGACCUAGUAUUUUUAACAGCAUCUCUGCAAUAAUGUCAUGUUUUCUUAAAUGUUUCUUUUAUAAAUUUUAUUGAUAGUCAAUUGCUGACAUUUUAUAGCAGAGUUCAAGUACUUCUCUACUGAACACUUCAGCAAUCUGCUUGGUGCCAAACUGUUUAUAGAGUAGAUUCUUUGGAAAAUAAAGUAAAAUCAUAUUUUCUACAAA